GUAAGGUGAUGUGAGGCCGCAGGCGGUGCCGGGGCCGAUCACCCGAACACCUACCACUCUUAAUACACUUAUCUUCGCUUCCUCUUUACUCCUGUUUAUGGAUAAGAUUUAUUAAUACAGUUAUUAUUUACGCGUUUUCGUUGUUGUACUAUACAUUAGGGUUUAUGAGGGCGGGAAUGAUAGCUUGGAGGUGUCUCAGGUCAGUGUCCGAACACCACUCUGGCUGAUGCUGCUCCUGACACCACUGUCAUCUUUGCCCUCGCACUCGCCCAGGCGUCCUUGCCUUGGUAACCAACAUCAUCUCCAAAGUGUGUGUAGGAUAACCCUCGCCCUACUACUAUCACCCCGGCACCUGUUCCCCAGUACCCAGGUUUACCCGAGUUUACCUAGGUACCAAGUAUCAGUAUCGCGAUGCCCUCACUUCAACACCCUGCUACCUAAAGACUUCUAGACCCUCAAAGCUUUCAACAUGACAUCAUAAUUUGUUAACCUGUUAUAGUGAAUAGAGGAGUGAUAAGUGUAGGCCUAGUAUUAUGCAAGACUCCGGUACCCCAUAUCAGGUGAAGCCACCGGUACUCAACCCGGGUACCCCGUAUCUGGUGAAUCCAUCAGUGUUAACUCCCAGUACACGAUAUGUGGUGAAUUCACGGGUCAGCCCCACUUCACGCUAUCUGGUGAAUCCUACGGUAUUCACUCCUAGUACGCGAUACUUGGUGAAUCCUACAGUAUUCACCCCUAGUACCCGAUACUUGGUAAAUCCGUCGGUCGACCCCAGUACCCGAUACUUGGUAAAUCCGACGGUCGACCUCAGUAACCGAUACUUGGUAAAUCCGACGGUCGACCCCAGUAACCGAUACUUGGUAAAUCCAUCAGUCGACACCGGUACUCCAUUCCUGAUAACGCCAUCAACACAGUAACUUCUUACUUGAAAAAUAUUGAGGGCUUGAAGCCCUCUCGCUUAGUCUAGGCCUACAAGCCUACGGCUCUCACAAUAGCAACUGUGCUUGUGUGAAGAACUACAAGAAUGGCCAAUUAUCCUUACCACAUCAAGAUUUUCUUUUAACUACAGAGGUUAAUGACCUCAUCCCAUCACCAGAAGAAUUACACGUGGGGUCACGCCUACCUCUGUCAGCACUGGCCGUGUUUAAAAGUACAGUACACAUUUCAGUGACAUUACAAGUUGCGUGCCAUUAUCAUAAGACGCGGUUCAAAAUUCUGGGCACUUUAUGUGGAUGCACAGUCUCCUUGUAUUUCCAGAAAUUUACCUGCAUCAUUAUCACAUAUUGCAGUGAAGCUUUGAUAAUUUGUAUGAUGUGCUGCACCAAUUAUCAAUAUCUACCACACUAAUUUCACCUGGUCUUGAUGGUAAUGUGUAUUUUAAAUACUGUACAAAUUUUGUUUUCACCAUAUUUAUUUGAAGACGUUAGAACUGUUAAUAUACUAUACUUCUUGUGUAUAAUGGACCAAAGCUCCCAAAUUCAAGUAGAGAAAUGAAAACAAAUGUUUUCCCAGCUCAGGUAAUUAUUUCUUCUUUCUGUUCUUCCACUUACAAUUCCACACUCGCAGUGUUAUUUAUGAUUGAUUGCAUUUUCUUCAUAAAAUAUUGCUGAUUACUGGUUAUAUUGAAGCAUGUCUGAUACUUCGCUGCUCUAGUUUUGAAUGAACUUCCUCAUUUGUUUAGCUGGUUGCUCUAAUAAUUUACAUUUGGUAACAUUUGACAAAAAUUGGAAUAUUGUACCACUGACUACAUGCAGUGUUCUGAUUAGGUGAAAGCUGAAUAUUAGUAUGUUGUGCAAUAGAUCAUUUCAGAUAAUUAAUUACAACUUUGAAAUUUGUGUCUUCACUGAUAGAUAGUGUGAACCUGCAUGACAUUUGUUUGUACAUGACCAAAACACACAGCAUGUAUGUACAGUUCCAACACAAAAAAAAGUAAGUUUACAGAAAUAAUAAAUUGUGUAAGAUACAAACCUUGUGACAUUAUUUAUAUAUUAGGCAUAAGAGUUUUCAUGUAGUCCACAGUUAAUAAGUGUGGCAGAUGACAACCACUUAAGAGUUUGUAUCGUAAACUAUUAAUAUACUGUACCUUUAUCUUGGUACAGUAUCACACACGAGGCUAUACUCUAGAAAAUUCUGUCAGUGCUCGGUGUUGUAAGGUCAUAUUAGAGAAAGCUUUGCUACUGAAGUACAGUACAUGCACAUCAUAUAUUCAUAAUUACACAAAAGAGGAAUAAUAUCAUGAAGUGAUAAGAACCUUCUUUAUAAAUAUAUUCUGAUUUAUUUGAGCUAAAAGAUCAUCUGCUCUUGAAGUAAACAGGGAUUUUCAUAAAAGUAAGCCUUAGCAAUAGGUAAAUUAGUUAAAGUGUAAAAGUAUUUAAAUGUAACCUUUGCAUUGCACAAUAACAGCUGGACAUACCCAUAUGCACAAAUCUGAAAAUAAAAUAAAUUAAAUUUCUUUAGUGCAAAUAAGAGAUAAAAAUAUGAAAAACAAUAAUUAUUUAAAUAUUUCCAUAUUCUAGCUUUUGGUUAUAUGUAAUUUUAGUUUACUGUAUUUAAAUUGAUAUCAUCGUAAGAUUCUAAAAUUUGAAGAAAGAGGUUUCCUUUAUUUUAAUGUUUUCUUUUAUGGCGUGUUUAGAAAAUGUAAAUAAAAUAUGGAUGACUGAACAAAAAGGCCAAAGUGGUCUUUCCAAUAUUUUUUGCAAAUAUCCUUGGUACAAAGAUGCCUCACUGUCCAAAUUCUCUUAAUGACUUUUUAUUUGUAAUAACCUAGGUUUAACUCUUUAUUAUGUAAUAACAGUCAGAGCUGCCAUAUAUUUGUAAUUACUGUAUAGUGAUUCAUAACAAAGCUAAAUUCUCUUGUCUUUCUAUAGUGAUAUGUUAUAUGACAUAAGCUGCAGUUUAAUUGUGUGGGCUUUAUACAUAUGACAUUAAGCCACACUAAGGGUCAUCUACAUAAAAGAAAUAGAAUAUCCUUAUCUUUGAUAAGAUUUGCAAGUACAGUACUUUUUGAACAUGAAGCAUAUAAUUUUUUGGUAAUAUUUAGUUUUAAGUAAUUAUUGUAAAGAUCAGUACUAAGAUGGUAUAAAGCUUUCAAAGUUAAUCCAGUAGAUUGGAGCUCCUAUAGAGGAAAGAAUACCAAGUUCUCUCUGUUUCUAAAACACUUGAAUUCAAUAUAAGGAAUUCCUAGAGUUCAUGCUAAAUAAAAAUUGUGUGGUGUUCGGUGUAUAGUAAUUUAAUUUGUAUUGCAGUCAAUUUCAGUGAGACAAUGAGUGCUCAAGAAGAAAAACCAAAUCAGUGUAAAGUGUGUCUGAAAAGCUUCAAAUAUAAAUCAGCUCUAGUAUGUCAUAUUAGAGUUCACACAGGUGAGAAACCAUAUCAAUGUUCAGAAUGUCCACAAGCAUUUUCACAACAAUCAAUACUAAUUAGACAUAUGAGAAUUCAUACAGGAGAGAAGCCAUAUCAGUGUACAGUAUGCUUGAAGGACUUCAAAUAUAAGUCAGUUUUAGUAGGUCAUAUGAGUAUUCAUACUGGAGAGAAACCAUAUCAAUGUUCAAAAUGUCCAAAAUCUUUUUCACAAAAAUUAAUUCUUGAAAGUCAUAUGACAGUUCAUACAGGAGAGAAACUGUAUCAGUGUUCACAUUGCCCAAAAACAUUUUUCUAUAAAUCAACUUUAUCUACACACAUGAAAAUUCACACAGUAUUGAAGUCAUAUUCUUGUUCAGAGUGUAAUGAAGUCUUUUCACAAAAAUCAACUCUAGAUAAACAUGCAGAAAUUCAUAAAGGAGAAAAGCCUUAUCAGUGUUCAGUGUGCCGAAAAGCCUUUUCACAACAAAUAGUUUUGGAAAGUCACAUGAGAGUUCAUACAGGAGAAAAACCCUAUCAGUGUUCAGAGUGCCAAAAGGUAUUUUCACAAAAAUCUGCUCUACUUACACACUUGAAAACUCAUGCGGGACAUAAUCCGUUUAAGUGCUUAGAGUGUCCAAAAGUUUUUUCAGAUAAAUCUGGUCUAGUCACGCACAUGAGAAUUCACACCGGAGAGAGACCAUAUGAGUGCUCAGAGUGUCUAAAAACAUUUACACAAAGAUCAAAUCUAGCAAGUCAUAUGAGGGUCCAUACAGGAGAGAAGCCAUAUCAAUGUUCAGAGUGUCCAAAAGUCUUUUCACAUAAAUCGGCUCUAAUUACACACAUGAGAAUUCAUACAGGAGAGAAACCUUAUAAGUGUACAGAAUGUCUGAAAGCUUUUUUACAAAGGCAGCAUCUACAAAGUCAUAUGCGAGUUCACACAGGAGAGAAACCAUAUCAGUGUUCAGAGUGUCUACAAGUUUUUUCUCAAAAAUCGGCUCUAGUUCAGCACAUAAGAGUUCAUACAAAAGAGAAGCCAUAUCAAUGUUCAGAGUGUCUAAAAGACUUCAAAGAUAAGUCAGGAAUAAUACGUCACAUGAGAGUUCAUACAGGAGAGAAGCCAUAUAAAUGUUUAGAAUGUUUGAAAGACUUUUCACGAAAAUCAGCACUUUCUAAACACAAAAGAAUUCAUAAAGAGGGAAGCCACAGAAGUUGUCAAAGUUUGAGAGAUUUCAAAGACAGAUCUGCCUUCUCAAGGUCAGAUCCAGGACAGUACUCAUUAGUUAGCCCAUUCUUGGGUCUAGUCAGUAUUGCAGACUUAGUGACAUAGAUGUAUUUCCCUUACUUAGCUGAAUAUUUGAAAACAGGUUGUGUUAAUCAAGCAUGGUGGAAUAUAGUUACAGAGUACUCCAUUAGCCAGCUUAAACUAGUUUAGCUACUAAUACUGGCAAAGUUAUUGAGCAAUUAGACUAAUGCUUCACUUAAACUCCUCACUUCCAGGAUCUUGGAGCAACUCUUGAUCUGCCUUUGCAUAUUUGAAUAUUACCUCUCAGUACUGGUACUGUUAAAUGGUACAUUUUCUUGAAUGUGUCAAAAUUUUUCAAAUGAAUUACCAAACAGAAAGGUAUCUGACUUUAGGUAGACGAUAUUACAGUAACGGCUGAAGAUAUGAUGACCAAACGACACAGAAAAUGAAGAAACGAUGACAUUUCAGUCCGUCCUGGACUAUUAUCAAGUCAUUGCUUAGUUAUUGAUUAAACAGCUUCACGUGUGUACAUUUUCUGGGCUUGCAUCCCUCAGUAGCUUCCCUCAAUGUACAUCACUGGGUUGUGUAGGACCACUUUGACCAUUCCAGGCUUUAGGGACAAUCUCGACUUAAUAAUGGUCCAGAACGGACCGAAACUUCAUUGUAAAAUAUAAAUUGCAAGUCUCCAAAUUCUGGACAUCGGAAGGUGUUCUUCAUAUAUUGUGCACACAUUGUAAUCAUUCCUAAUCAGUUCUUCAUAUAUUGUGCACACAUUGUAAUCAUCCCAAAUCAGUUCUUCAUAUAUUGUGCACACAUUGUAAUCAUUCCUAAUUAGUUCUUCAUGUAGUCUGGAAUAAUACUAAUCAGGUGUUUGUACAGUACAGUAAUUGUUUCCUCCUAUUUUAGCCUCAUUAUUGAUACAAUAUUACCUUACAAAGUUCUUCAUACUGAGUAAGUUAUGAAUAUAGAUGCUUGCGUACUAUUCAUAUCAUAAUAUUUUUUGUUUGAUGUAAACUUGUCAAGAAAUUAUGAUAAUGAAAGGUUGUCAAUAAAUCUUGAAACAAA